GUCACAUUCCACGUCAAUCAUUACGCUAACACAAGCUUGAGCGCUUGUCAGUUCGGGUGUAAUUUAGCGUUCUGUGGUCGUGAUUUGUGCACUGAACCGGUUAGUUAUAAAAAAGUACUCAUUAGCAGUGUAGCUGGGAUAAAUUCAGGAGUAUGAAAUGGGCUCGACCAACUCUGACCUAGCCAAAAUCCCAAACGCGGAGGAUUUAAUGCGAGACACUGGUUCCCAGACUGUAGAUUCAUGCAGCCUAUCAGUGACGGUCAUGUCAGUCACUCGUGCACACCUUGUUCGUCUAUAUGACCGUUACCAAUCUCUGGACAAAGACAACAAGGGUCAUCUUAGUGCACAGGACUUUGAAGCCAUAAAGGAGCUGGCCAUGAAUCCCAUAUGUGACAGAAUAAUAGGGGCCUUCUUCUCUUCAGGACAGGAAACGCUGGACUUCCCAUCAUUUGUAAGGAUCUUGGCACAUUUUCGUCCCAUCGAUAAGAACCGAUCCAAAGAGCCCAACUCGCCUGACCCUAUUAACAGCAGAAUCAACAAACUGAAAUUUGCUUUUCAGUUGUAUGAUCAGGACAAGGAUGGCAAGAUUUCCAGACAAGAACUCUUGCAGGUUCUCCAGGCCAUGCUGGAGAGCCAGGUAACACAAGAACAACUGGAAUGCAUAGUAGACCGCACUAUUCAAGAGGCAGACCUGGACAACGAUGAUGCCAUAUCAUUUGAAGAGUUUCGGAAGUCUCUAGAAAAGGUCGACAUUGACCACAAGAUGAGCAUCCGCUUCCUGCGCUAAAGCAUGAUGAGCUGUCAGGAAGCUCUGAGAAUUAAGUGUGGUGUUCAGAGGUAUAGUCUGUUUCCACCACAGACAUGAAAAUGUUUUUUUUAUAAUAUUUACUGGAAUGCAGUUAUUCAUGAGGCCUACUGUCAGAGCUGGGAAGAGUAUGUAUAAGUGAAUGUGUAAUAUUUGGUAUAAGCAGUUUUGAUGUCUGACUGUGAUUUAAUUUCGACUGGCUUUACUGUGACUAUGCAUGAUUUUCUAUAUUUGUUGAGACUGGACAAGCUACUAUGUGCAUCUCACAGUUUCUGGGGUAAAUGUAGCUCCUUUUCACUAAAUUUCAGCUGGAGUUAACCACAAGCUGAUAUAAACGAGUAGUGCAGUCUAGACCCAAAAGCUCUACCAUUAUAAAACUGGAAAAAAAUAUCAACAUGAAAAUAUCUAAAUACAUGACCGCAUGUUUGAUAAGGAUUUCAUGUUGCCCAGCCCCAAAUAUGUUACUUAUUAACAAGAGGUUUAGAAGACAUAGCUUUUGUCAAGCUACCUCAUUAUUUGGUUAAAAAAAAUUUAAAUGAGUUACAUAAUGAAAAACUUAUGUUUACAGGACUUUUUCUCAACUGCUUAAGAAAGCAUUCUCAGAAAGCAUGUGUAUACCAAUAAGUGUAUGCAAUAUGUGUAUACCAGUACUUCUUAGAAAGCAUAUGCAAGUGUGUAUAUGAUUAUUGAUCCUAAAGAGUGAUCUCACAAAUAGUAUUUACCUUGUAAACCUUGAUUUUUGUAUAAAGAUAAAACUCCUGCCACUACAAAUACCAAACUGGACUUAAUGUUGUUAAAUGUACAUUUUUGUAUACAUUCUUCUUUAUUCCAAGUUUUAGUGUAAUGAAUUUGUAUCUAAUGCCUACCUCACUAAUCCUACUGAUCUAAAGGGGCUUUUGUAUAACCAUUAACAAAAAGCCUUGGAUACAACCCACAUUUAUUGGUUUCAAAAGCUUGUUUAUGAAUGCAGCUUUGGAACUUGUAUUAAUAACUGUUAAAGAAAAAUAAAAAUACAUUUGUACUUCCAUUA